AUGCCGUCCAACCCACCUUCACCCUUAAGGUUAUCUCACCGCCACAGUCGCAGUCGGUCAUCAAACAUGGACACGGAUUCUAUGUCGCCUGAAGGUUAUGCGCCAAACGGUUACGGUUCAAACUCCCCCAGGUCGCCUCUCAGUCCACGCUUAUCCGGCCCACCUUCCCCUGUUACCCCCCGUCAACAAUACGCGCAAAGCAUCAACGGAUCCGCCAGAAUGUCCGGAGACUUUGGAGCAACCACGGAAGCAAGUGGUGGCCUAGGAAACCUUGCGGAUGAGCUGGCCGAUGCUUGGGAAGAGGAAGAGAGUGGCUAUGGAUACGCUUCCGGACAAGAGGCUGCACCAUCUGAUUCACAACCGUUGGAACCCAUCAGAACGAGGACACCUUCGCCGAGUUAUUCUUCCGGUCGUGGUUCAUUGCAACCUCCCAGGCCAAAAGCGCGAACCGGGAACAACCGACACCGCAGAUACGAAUCGCAGUAUGAUGGCUCAGACUAUGGAAACGACUCGGAUUUCGAGGAAGUUGCGGAUAUGUCGCCUGCGCUGGAGAGCCAGAUUGCGGAGAUUGAAAGCCUUGCUCGUCGGGGGCUAGAAAAUAAUGGGAGUGAGAAUGACCAUGUCAUUGACCGUGCGGUUACAGCGCUCCAAGAUCUGGGAGCGCAGAGUGGGAUUGAAAAUAAUGCUAUGAGACUCAUUACCGCACACUCGUCAAUCACAUCGUACCUUACUCACCAAACUCGCACCGUCCAAAACCUCACCCACCCUCUUCUUUUCGCUCCAUUCCCGCUCCUCUCUGAAGAAACCAUCGACGCUCUUAUCCCUCUAAUCGAUGAGGGUCUCCUACCCAACCUCCCAUACCCUUUCCCAGAGCAACAACAUCACAACUCACCACCAAGUACCUCACAAUCCUCAACCGCCAAUCCCCUCACUUCCCUCCAGACUCUAAUCUCACAAACCUCCGACAUAACGCUCUCCCUCCGCGGCCUGAGCGACACGCUCUAUGAAUCCCGCCAGCUCACUUCAACCGCCUCUCGGCGGCUCCGUUCUGCCCGGGAACUCGUCGCAGACCUUCGCCGCGAGGAAGAAGGUCGUGAGGAAGGGACCCGGUGGAUCGAAAAGGGUGACUGGGAUCGCCGGUUGAAGGAGCGCGAAGCUGGCCGCGAAUGCGGAGAUGUUGUCAGUGGCUUCGAGGCUGUCUGCGGAGAAUGGAGGGAGAAGCUCUUCGGCGCUGCUGCCAGCACAGAGGCCGUUGCGGCUUAG